CGGGUGCUCGCGGCGCGGCCGCCAGUAGCAGACGGCAGGCGGGGGCGGCGGCGCACCGUCCGGCGGCCGACGAGUGUCCCCGGGAAGACUCAGCGGCGCGCGCGCUGCCAGCCCGCCACGGACCGCCGCCAUGUGUGAGGUGCACGCGCCGCUGGCCAGUGUGCCGAUGGUGCAGCCGGGCCCGUCGGUGGCCUGGAGACCGGGGCCCGACCGCAAACCGGGCCUGCUGUCCCUCACUGAGGAGCAGUACCGCGCCCUGGUGCUCCAGGAGCCCUUCGAGCAGCACUACAGGAUACAGGAGACGCCCAUCUCUACCGGCCAGUGGGCCAGCGUGUACAAGUGUCUGGAGCUCAGCUCGGGCCACCAUUUCGCUGCCAAGUUCUGCAGCAAGACGCGACUGGGCGUCGACUCGCGGCGCGAGAUCCUGCACGAGGUGGCCGCCAUGUAUCAGGCGCGCGGCUGUGGCCGCGUGGUGCGGCUGCACCAGGUCUUCGAGACGCCGCACCAGUUCAUCCUCGUCAUGGAAUUAGGCGGCGGCGGCGACCUGCAGGGAGUGCUGGACGACGACCAGGUGCCCUACGAGCCGGACGUGGUGCGCUUCAUCUCCAACCUGCUGGAGGGCCUGGCCUUCCUCCACGACAGAAACAUCGCUCACCUCGACAUCAAGCCUCAGAACCUGGUGAUGACGGGAGCGUUUCCCGAUUGCGACAUCAAGCUGUGUGACCUGGAGAUAUCCCGGGUCAUAUCGGCCGGUCAAGAGAUCAGGGAGAUGCUCGGCACACCAGACUACGUCUCGCCGGAAAUUCUCCGUUUCGACCCUGUCACACUGGCCGCGGAUAUGUGGUCUGUGGGUGUGCUGGCCUACGUGCUACUGACGGGCUUCACGCCGUUCGGAGGGGACACUGACGCCGAGACGUUCCGCAACAUCGCCAGGGCCGAGCUCGAGUUCCCCGACGAGCUGUUCGAGGACGUGUCGGCUGCCGCCAAGGACUUCAUCCGCAGAUGUCUGGCCAAAGAGCCGAGGGAACGUCUGACGGCCGGCGAGGCGCUCGCCCACCACUGGCUAGGACCGUCCGCGGCGUCUACCACCGGACCUGCCCUCAGCAUCAGUCAGUCGUCUCUGCAGAGCACCGAAGACCUCAUCAGUGUCGGAGAGCCGCGCGCCCCGCUGCGGCGCUACAUCUCCAAGAGCCGAGAGGCGCUCUCCGUGAGAGUCAGCAGAAGCAACUUCAAGAAGAACAUCUCCAAGUCGAGGGAGCGGCUGUGUGAUAUGAAGUUUGUCAACCUACCGAUGCGACCCGACCAGUUUCCGCUCUGCCUGCGGGCGAGUACGUCGGACCUGCCCAGUAACCGUCCUCCCUGGAAGGGCACUGGCUGUGGCGGCCCGAUUCCCUCUGCCUCAACGACAGCCAUCAACACGUUCAAACUCCGUGACGAGUACCAGAAUCAGGUGAUGGCCGGUCUGGCGGCCUCCAGUCAUCCUCAUGAGGGCAGCGGCACCACGUCCCCAUCUCCGUUUGUGCGUCACGGAAGCCUGAGAGGCAGGAAGAAGACCUCGACACCGGACGGCAGCAGCACCGACCUCAGGGCGUCCCUGAGGAGGACUCGCAACACCGACAGCGCCAUGAACAGGAGGAACAGUAGCCAGGAGGAGGGUAAGACGUCGUCCGACACCGGGAAAAAGAAGGAUGGGACGAAGCGCAACCACAGCGCCUCUGAAGCUCCCCUCCAUUCGGAGACAGGAAGCACCAUGACGAAGUCACCUUUAGUGUCAGUAGCCGAGGAUAAGCAUGGAAAAGAAGACGUUGAGACGUUUAGCGAUGACGACGAUGUCUUCACAAGGCUUUAUAAGGAUUAUCGAAAGGACGUUGAUCACAAAUCGAAACUUAUGUCAAGCACAAGCAAACAUAUCGGGCAUAACGACGAAGAAAAAGAAAAUCUCCUCAGUGCUACGUCCACUUUUCAUGAUCAAAAGGGCAAAGUAGAGCUAAUUAAGUCACCUGUCUUUCCAAGAAAGCAAAAUCAUCAUGAAUUGACUACAGAACCAGCCUGCAAGAUUCCAAACGAAGCGUCUACAAGCAACGUUGACAGACCCCAAGAUAUAAAUGUUGACGAUCUGAGGGAAAAACUUGGGACGAUGCUCAUCGACUCCUCAAAGAAGUCAAAGCAAACAAAUCAUCUGGAGCCUCACAAAUCUGCAGAUGACCAAGAUGGCUUGCAACUUUCAGCCAAGCAAGACCAUAGAUCGGCGAUGCAUCAUACUGGAGGGUCCAUAUCGUCCACUGCUAGUAGUGGAGUCUGCCCAUCCAGUCCUCGCAGGCAGGUGAGCCCUCGGCGACGUCAGACGCCCUCCUGUUCGCUCCAACAAUCGAAGCUGGAGAGGAGGAACACGGUGGACAUGCCGCACUCCUCGCCGUCCGCGACUCCGUCGCUGCGUCGUCACGCGUCGCUCGAGAAAUCGGACCCGAAGCACCAACCCAGCGCCACGCAGCAGCCCACCACCUGCCAUCGAACUCGGGCUGCGGAAGCCGUUCGGCUGGCAGCAAUCCUCGACGAGGACGUGGUCUGGGAGCAGACGCAAACGCUUGCACUGCCCACGGCACGCGGCAGGCCCUCCGUGCAGUCCUCUCGCUCGCUGGGCCCGCGCAAGCCCCGGGAGGUCCCUGAGCCAGUCUUUGAGCGAUCAACUCUGCAGCGCUCCAGUCUGAGGAGCUCGCUGCGACAGACAAAGCCAUCACGGUCAGGCUCUGGUGAGGAAAGCCGCCGGCAGACAUCAUCCACGGAAGAGCCCGUGCGAGGUCUCCGCAAGUCAUCUACGGAAGAGGACAUGCGACGCUUGAUCUCUCGCGAUCAUUCAGGUCGUCAGUCAAACGACACACCCAGACAGUUGCAGAAGUCUUCAACAGAAGAGGACAUGCGACGACUCUCCUUCAUGGAACAUACCGGUCGGCGGUCGAACGAUACCCACCGCGAGCUGCGCAAGUCCUCGACGGAGUCGGACGUUCGUCGUCUGAGUCGUUCGCCGCCGGACGAGGACGGUCGCCGCCGACUGCGCUCCUCCUCCGACUGGACGAACCGCAGUCUACGCAAGUCCUCCACCGAGGAGGACGUGAGGCGGCUCGGCUACGAGCGACGGCCGGCGCCGGCGCCCCGCAGGAGACCGGUGCCGUUCCUUCGUUCCACCUCACUCACCAGUGACCCGGGUGGCGAUCACAGCGACCCGGUCAGUGCCGCCGGCGAGCUGUACAACGUGACCAGCUGGGAGGAGCGCGGUGAGCCGGGCAGCGGGCCGGCGGCGCGAGCCACCGAGCUGCGGCCUGUCACCACGUGUCGGCUGUCGCGCCGGACCCGCGGCCGGUCCGCCCAGCCGACCCCGGCGCCCUCCGCCGCCCGGACGACAGCCGCCCUCAGCCACGACGAGCGUCCCGCCGGCUCUGUGGUCAGCAGCACCGUGUCGCGCGCCGUCAAACGGUUCCAGGCGCUGGCCGACGAGUCUAAACAGCGAGACCCGCCGCUGAAGUCGCCGAGAUCCCCUCGGAAGACAUCCUCUCCAGUAGUGCAGUCACCAUGUGUGACCAGAAAGUGUCCGUCCCCUGCUAUGAGGUCACUCAGUCCGCGGGGGAAGUGUGUGUCGGAGCGGGCUACCCGACCUCAUGGUCAUUAAAUAUGCCUGCGAUUUGAAUCAUAUACCUGCGUGUAACCAAAGGACGUAGACUCGCGUCCGCUCUAUCUGUGGAACCCGGUGGAGGUUCGAAGUCGUCCUAUCUGGUCAUGUGAAGUGAUGUUGAACGCAUGUGAGCUGUGACGUGUUGUGAGUCGAAUGUCUGGUGUUGCGUGAAGGUGCAGCCGUUUGAUUAGUGUAUUCGAGGGCACUGCUAAACGCCGAAUUCAGUCGAUGACAGCCACGCACUGGCGCAUGCGAACGUCAGCGCUAUAUGCUGAAAAUACCGUGUUUUGCUUAUUGUUCACUGUCGCUAUCUGUAUUUGGUUGCAGAAUUACUAUGCUGUAAAUACGAUCACGUGCAAUGCUCUACUGUUGAGCAAACGUAAUAAUUUUACAGUAUAGGGACCCGCUUGCGUGCGACAGAAUCGUGGAUUGACGAUGUUCUUUUUAACCCCAAUGACUUGAUUGUGCUUGUAUGAUGGUCAAUAAAAGUUGACAUAUUUU